AUGAAAGAAAUUUUGCGUAGUUUGCCAUUUCAGACAACUGUUCCCGAACUGUCAGUGCUGAUAGAAGAUCGCCGCGGCAAAGUGACUUACAAGCGCAUUCCGCCGAUGACGUUCCUCUCGCCCAUCGUCCUUCGCAAGGAACUCGAGACGCUGCUAGUUGUCCAUGGCGAGAAAAUCCUCCGCGAGCAAGACUUCAUCGAGACGCACAAAAUCCUCUUCUGGAAUCUUUUCUACGCGUUCGAAAAGAUGAAGCUCAAGCACUCACUUGACCAGCUUCUCGCUGCCUCGUCGCUGCUAAAUCGACAAGAGCAAGACGACGACUCAGGAUCGCAUUCCAUGAAAGAACUCAAACCAGUGGUGGGAACGUAUCUGAACUGGGACUCGACGCUGGCGAACAAGUCCACUCCUUACCCUCCACUGUACCGCAUUUUCAAGGAAUUCCAGAAGCCAGAAGAUCAGCAGAACCGCCUGCUCGUCUCCAACAGUCAUAUCAAGCGCGAUACCCUUAUCACCAUCGUCGAGUCAAUUAAAAACAACGACUGUCAGACGCCACUGAUGAAGCUGCUUUAUCUCUGCGAAGGCCUGACUCGGGAUUCGAAAGAAAAGGUGCCGCGCCGCUCGUGCUACCGGGAAGCGCAGUUCUUGCUCGUCGCCGCCGUCGGCCAGCGCAACAUCGACUUCUCCCUCUUCGACCGUUACUGGCAGAAGGCGCACGAGAUCCUGCAGGACCACGCGAAAGAGCUGCGCAAUUCCAACGACCAAACGCCCAACCAGCGCGUCUACAUUUGCCGCAAGAUCUUCGGCGAGCCCAGACUCCUCUGUUGA